AGGCGGAAGAGUCUCCAUUUGAGCGACGUGAUUCGGCCGUGGAGGAAGGAGCACUCGAGCUUGUCUCGCUCUCACUCAGAGUGCUGCUGUAAUACCUUUCAGUUUCGUAUUUAAAAAAAGAAAGAAAGAUAGAAACUCAUCAUCAUCAUCAUCCCAUCGGCUUCCGUGAUCUCUGAUCACAUUCGGUAGAAGACUUUCACCCUUUUCGCUUGGUGUUGGUCGGCGCUCAGAAUCGAAAGGAGAGUUUAUAUUGAAAAAAUAUACAAAUAUACGUAAAAAACAAGCAGUAAAGAAAUAACCGAGUGCGCUUUUUACUGACAGCAGCACAACAAUGGCACUGAAGAGAAUUCAUAAGGAGCUGCAUGAUUUGGGCCGUGACCCCCCUGCCCAGUGCUCAGCAGGACCAGUAGGGGAUGACAUGUUUCACUGGCAGGCCACAAUAAUGGGACCAAACGACAGUCCUUAUCAGGGAGGCGUGUUCUUCUUGACCAUUCACUUCCCCACAGAUUACCCCUUCAAACCGCCAAAGGUUGCGUUCACCACAAGAAUUUACCACCCAAAUAUCAACAGCAAUGGCAGCAUCUGUCUGGAUAUUCUACGGUCUCAGUGGUCUCCUGCGCUCACCAUCUCCAAAGUCCUGUUGUCUAUCUGCUCUCUGCUGUGUGACCCCAAUCCGGACGACCCCUUAGUACCCGAGAUCGCCCGCAUCUACAAGACUGACAGGGAAAAGUACAACAGAAUAGCUCGGGAAUGGACACAAAAGUAUGCAAUGUAGUUUUGGAGUUCUAAUCAUGGCGGGAAACACAAACAGAAAAAAAAAAAUUUACACCUCUCCGUCUUAAGGUUAGGGGAGAUUUGAAAGUUUAAGAGAUUAAAAAAAAAAAAAAGAUUAAGAGAAAAAUACCUUGUUGGUUUCCAUUGGAGUGCUUUCUUUAAGCCACACACACACACACACACACACACACACACACACACACACACACACACACACACACUUCCCCUCACCAGAGCACCUGCCCUGUUCUCCCCCCCACCCCCCCACCCCCCUCAUAGCCAUGGUGUACAUACUUACUUUCAGUCCAACUUCAGCUUAUUUGUCCUCAACUGUCCCACCAUCGUCAUCCUCCUGAACACCCUGCGCUCGGCGUCUCUGCUUUAGCGUCUCCGUUGCUGUGGUGACUUGCCUGCUGCUUAGGGUCAGCCAGAAUUAUUAUUAUUAUUAUUAUUUUUUAAAUUUCAGUUGAAAAUGUCCACGGGUCAAAAAAAGGAAAAAAAAAAAAGGCAUUCCUUGUUUUUAAACACCGGUGAGGGAGGGAGGGCCAUUCUGUCUUUUCCAUUUUGUGAUGUAACUUGGUGGAGAUUUACUCCCCCACCCUACCCCACCCCAUUUAUUUCCAUUUCCUGCGUUUCAAACUGUAUAUUGGGUUUAAUCAAUAUAUUUUUAUUUUUUUUUCUCGAUUUUGGCAGAGGAGGGAGGGGUAUAUGCUGGCUAUCUUUUUGUAUAAAAUCUAUAAGGAGUUCUUUUAGGAUCAUAGCAGGUUAUUAAUGGAACAGCGUCAGAUCUUUUGGGUCCUCUCUUGUGAAUCAUUCUAAAGGACUUGAAUACUAUGAAUAUAUUUUGUUUAUUAUUAUUUUUUGUCCUUCCUUCCUUCCUUCCUUCUCCAUUUGCCAUAACCAAGACUGUCUCUACCCCUUUCCCUUGGCCACGAGCAACUUCACGUACGUUCACUCUUCUUCUGGAGGAUUCUCAACCGAUUUAUUUAAAAGCAGUCUUAGAUAAGCACGUGUUUAGGAUUCCCCCCCGCCCCGCCCCCUCCCUCCCUUUACAACCCCCUUGUUGUAACUCUUAGUUUCAGUUUUAGCUGCAUUAUUUCCCCCCCUUUGCUCUUGAUGAAUUAGAUGCUAACAUGGCUGAGACAGACUUGAUUGGGUCCCUGGGUGAGAGGACACGAAUUCCUCACAACAAACUUCUGUAUAUUUAAUUUCCUGACAGGCUCUUUGAGCUUUGUGUGUUGAUUAAAAAUGUGUAAUAAAAUGAUUACUAAAGUCUGA